AUUGACACUUGUAGCACCAUAGUAUUGGAUUACUGUGCUUCUCAAGAAGAAACUACAGAUUGGAGAUCUUCACUGAGAAUUAAAAAUAGGACAGCUGUCACAGUCAACACUAGAUGGGACACAGAAUUCCCUAAUUGGAUUUUACGCUAAGGGAAUUCUGAAAUCAUGAGCCAGAUGAGUCUUUCUGCUUCAGAAGGAAAUUCUUCACUCUCACCGGUGUACCCCCAGCUCACUUCAGCUGCCAGAGUGAGCUUCCUCCAUCCAGGAGCAGGAUUGGACACCGUCAGGACUCCAGGGAUCAAACCUAAACUGAGCCCCAAGCCUCUUGUUCUUCCACCAGCUCCUGCGAUUCCAGUCAUAAACCCAAGCAAACCACGGCAGCCACACACCAGCUGGGUGCACAGUGCCAAACAGAAAGAGGAAGCUGGUGCUCAGAACAGAGCAAAAGGGAGCAGUAGACCCGAAAGGACGUCCUUUCUGUCCGCUGUCAUUGAGCGCACCUCAAAGCUGUAUGGAGACAGAUACACACCUGUACUGCAACAGAGCUCCUCCAGGGAGACACCUGCCAUGGAGUCUGCUGAUAUGACAUCACAUCCUGAUAAGACUUCACCAGUGACGGCAGAAACACAGUCUAUUGCAAGACAGAUCACCAUGAUGCCUUCGGCCAGAUUUCCUGCAAAGGGAGAAGCGUUUGAUCGUGUCGGCAGCUCCUCUGCACAUGCACAGAGUGUUGCCAAAGCCAAGUACGAGUUUCUCUUUGGAAAGACCGAAGACACAAGCUCAUCAGAUAGCGUCACCUCUCCGACCCAAGCGAAACCAGAAACCGGCUCAGGUCUUGAGGACGAUGACAUUGAUGAGACGUCACUCUUCCAGGAGAUUGACAAGGAGCUGUCGAACCUAUUGAGUGGCCUGACCGCUCGGAGCCAGCAUGCUGCGGCCGAACAGGGCUCGACGUCAGGAGAUGCCAGCGCCUCACCCAUGAUCCCCUGCAACGGACAAAGCGCAACCUCGCCGUUACAAGUGGAUAUGGCCAAGCAGGGCCUAGACCUUCAGAACGGCCAGUCUGAGUUAGCAGGAGACUCUCUCCUGACGUCUGGUCUGCUGUUCGACUCGUGGUGCGAGGCGCUCAUAAAGGAUCCUAGCUCAGUUAUGGCGGCUGCAAACGAGCUGAGCUGCUUCAGCGCUGGGCCCGUGCGGGACCCUAGGAAUGCAUCGGCCAGCCAAAAUAAACCUGACGCCAGCCCCACUCCAGUUGCAGUGCACACAGAGCCAUCCGUAGAGGUGCCCUCCCAAGAAAAUGCUGGAAAAGAGACGGAGGGCAAGAGGGCAGGGUCACCCUCUCCUAGUAUGUCGGACGACCCCUCAGAAGAACUCAUAGACGAGUCUCUAGAGGAAUCCAAUAAAAUCCUGGCUGAGAUCCCGGGCAUCUUCAGCGGCUUUCUGGAAGGGGGCAAACUGCGGGACAAGCCACCAAAAAAGCUGCGGUUUGUGGAAAGCAAGGCAGAGAGUCUAGUGAAUGGAGAGAUGCAAAACGGAACACGCCAGAGCUGCAGCGUGGAAGAGGAAGUGACUCAGGACUGUCAGCAUACAGAAGCCACAGGAGCGCCACAGGGGCGUGCGACUAGACCCGAUCACAGACCAACAGAAAACGACUCAGACAGGACUUCUGAAGGUAAAUCUGCUGCAGGUGAGAGUGACGCCACAGAUGUCUUCAGCUGCCAGUUUGAGAACAUCCUGGAGUCGGAGCGUCUGCGGGCGACUCUUUACAGUAGCAUGGACUCGCUGGACACCCUCUCCACCCCUGCACCUGAACCCACUUCUCAAACCGCUCCAGAGCCCUCCUUUGCCUUCGACAUUCCCCUCACUCCCAUGAUUCAGCAGCGACUCAAAGACAGAAGUCUGUUCCUGGAUCCUGGCGCGCCGGGCCUGUGCUCUGACACUGAGGUGCUGAGCGUCACCACCAUAAAGGAGAGCGGAAGGGCAGCUCUGGAGGUGACCUCAUCGUUUCUCUCAGCGGGAGCAGCUCUAGCUAACGGCGUAAACCAGAGAGACUGGCUGCAGGGCUGUUUAAGCAGCGAUGCAGGGCUGAAGGACGUGCUGUCGGACUGGGACUCAGACAUGGAUGGUGUGGAUUGUCUUAAGGACACAGAUGUUCUCCACAAUGGCAGUCGGAGCGACCAGGAAGCUGCCCGACGUCUGGCAAAACGACUUUACCACCUGGAGGGCUUCCGACGCUCGGAUGUCGCUAAACAUCUGGGCAAGAAUAAUGACUUCAGUAAGAUGGUUGCAGAAGAGUACCUCACAUUCUUUGAGUUUACAGACCAGACAUUGGACCAAUCUCUCAGAUGUUUUCUGAAAGCAUUCUCACUAAUGGGCGAGACUCAGGAGAGGGAGCGGGUGUUAAUUCAUUUCUCUAAUCGGUACUAUCAGUGUAAUCCCACUGUCAUCACUGCACAAGAUGGAGUUCAUUGCCUUACCUGUGCGCUAAUGCUGCUCAACACUGACCUUCAUGGCCCUAAUAUUGGGAAGAAGAUGACGUGCCAAGAAUUCAUCAAUAACCUGGACGGACUCAACGGAGGACAAGAUUUCCCCCGGGAGCUACUGAAGUCUUUGUAUAACUCCAUCAAGAAUGAGAAGCUGGAAUGGGCCGUUGAUGGAGAUGAGCUGAAGAAGUCUCUGUCUGAGCUGGCUGAUAAGAACCAUCACUCUAAGAGCAUCAGUCGCAUCAGCAGCGGCAGUAACCCGUUCCUGGACAUUGCCCAUGACCCUAACGCUGCCGUCUACAAAACUGGCUUCCUGACCCGCAAAAUCCACGCUGACAUGGACGGGAAGAAAACACCAAGAGGAAAGCGAGGGUGGAAAACAUUUUAUGCUGUUCUCAAAGGCAUGAUCCUCUAUUUGCAGAAGGACGAGUAUAAGCCGGAGAAGGCCCUAUCAGAAGACGAUCUAAAGAACGCCAUCAGCGUGCAUCACGCUCUCGCCAUCAAGGCUAUGGACUAUGAGAAGAAGCCCAAUGUUCUCAAGCUCAAGACUGCUGACUGGAGAGUUUUCCUCUUCCAGGCCCAGAGCCCUGAGGAAAUGGAGUCCUGGAUUGGAAUAAUCAACUCAGUGGCGGCCAUGUUUUCGGCCCCGUCCUUCCCCGCUGCCAUUGGCUCUCAGAAAAAAUUCAGCCGCCCGCUGCUGCCGGCGACCACCACCCGAAUGUCUCAGGAAGAGCAGCUCAAGUCCCACGAGGCCAAGCUGAAGCACGUCUCUACAGAGUUAGCCGAGCACAGAUCCUACCCUCCAGAUAAGAAGGUCAAAGCCAAAGAGAUCGAUGAGUACCGCUUGAAAGAGCACUACCUAGAAUUUGAGGAGAGCCGUUACGAGAUGUACGUGAAGCUCCUGAAAGAGGGGGUGAAAGAGCUCCUGACGGCCAGGGAUGGUGACACAGCGCUGAAGAAGUCUCAGUCCAGCCCCUCUCUCAACCAAGAAUCUCAGCCGGCCACCGCCAAAGUCAAGCGCAACACAUCCGAGCGGAAGGAUUACCGGCCCGAAACGCCCAAGGUUACAUAGGUGGUCUUCUGCUUCCUGUCGGAGAGCCAUUGUAUAUCACGCGUGACUGUAUUUUGAUGUAAUUUAUUUACCUGCCGACAGUUGUAUCAGAUAACAUUUGUGUAAAAUGUAAAUUGAUCAAUUGAUUGGAAGUUGUAAAUCUCUAUGUCUCCCUUGACCAGCUGGUGCUUGUGGAGCAAAUAGUGUGGUUUUCUUUUUUAUUCGUUAGCGUGUAAAGAUUUCAUGGUUGCGCUUUAUUUUACAGAAUGUGUGUGUACACAAGAAAUGACUGUGUAAUAUUAGGUAACUACUGUACAUGGGUUAAGGUUAGGUUUAGGGGUAGUUUCAGAUUUAGUACCUAGUUAUUACCCAGUUAUUGCAGUUACUAUAGUAAGUGUAUGCGGAACAGGACUGUAAAAUAAAGUGCUACCGGUUUCGUUAAGAGAACGUGAAUCUCUUGAUUGUGCUGUCCCCUAAUUUGCUUUUCUUUCAAGAGCAGUAUUUUCUUCAACUUAGUGGAAACGUCCACGUACAUAUGCUAGGCAGUAGAUAUAGUCUCACUCAGAGCAUUAACUGUUAUUUUAAUAUACAAAUAAGCGGCAGAUAUAAACUGACAACGUCCUGAUGAAAAGCAAGAGGAGUUUUGAGGGGUAAUUUUGAGGAUCCUUCAGGAUUUCGGUGCAUGGAUUAUGAUACAGAUACAGAGUUUGUCACGAAAGCCUUUCGUUGUCGUCGUCGCUGAUGUAGUCCACUACCGACGUACUAACCACCUACUAACAAACCACCAAAUUCUCAAUAUAAUAUCUACUCACCCGCGUUAAUGGAUUGUACCAGCAUGUCGCAGCAAUGGACCGAAACUCUACAUAGAUUAUUUUCUAAUGAUGAUUUUGAGGUACUUGCUGAGUUAAGGCAUUUCAGACUGCAAGAUGAUGUCAACUGUGAUGAUGAUCAUCAACUGUGCAGUUUGUGCCAUUUAUUUUUUUAUCUGUUUGUUGAAGUACUUCUGCUUUUUCAGUAGUGUAAAUGCUCCUUUUGUGUAUUUUAUAAUCUUAUAUAUUUGAAUUUUUAAUUCUCUGUUCAGAACAUUAUUGUUGUAAAAAUGACAGUAGUAUUUAUAGUGCACUUUAUUAGUUCUUUUGACUCUUUUAGAGAGCUUUAUAAAGGGUAGUGAUAUGUUACUUCAUUAUAUCACAGGUUUUUCAAGCAUAACCAAAUCGCUGGUUGAUUUUAUUGAAGGUACACAGCGGAAGGUACAUUUUCACUCGUGUAAAGUUGUGUUAGUUUGUCUGUGCUCGUGUAUUUUUGCUGUCAUGUUUAGGUUGUUCAAAGACACGUUUUCUAGAAGAAUUUAGGACAUUUAGGUUUGGAACUGUUGCUUUUGGUGUUGCUGACCUUGAAUUUAAGAUGUCAUUUUCAUUACAGACAGAAUUGACGUGAACACUAUAUGAACGUUCUACGCUGUUGAUUGCACACCAACAAAGAUCGUCAAUCGAUUUACUCAUUUGAACUUUUGAGGGUUUAAAAGGAAUCUAUAUGAAAAGCUAUUCACAUUUACAGAUAUUAGUCUAUAAGUCCCUGCAGUCUAUAAUGACAUUUGUUUACUUGAAAUAUUUUUGAGGACACUUUAUUUUUUUUAGAAUUUGACAAAUAGAAAGGAUUCGUUCAUAUCUGCAUUGUGUUUUUGUCAUUACUAGCGACAGACUUUAUAUUGUUGCUCACACAGAAGCACUUAGAUAAUGUUUAUUUUUAUUUAUUUGUUGCUGUUUAGAACAAAAAAAAAAUUGCAAUUACUUUUGAGCAGUAUAUACACAGUUAGUAAUGAAUACUACAAAACUGUCAUCAGUAUGAAUGGUGAUAUGAAGAGAUGGACUCUUCCUUUUUGUGUGCUACUAUGUUUUAUGUUGUUUGAUGUUCACUGCUUCUCCAGACCAAAUAGUUUUCUGUGAGAUGUAACUCUGGCACUAACCCUUUAACAGUGCACGUUGUACACAGACUUAGUACUUUUAAACAGUAAUUCCAUUUGUUAAUAUUUGACAUAGGAUGUAGAGAACAAUAAAAGAAAAUCAGAAGUGUAAUGGAAAGAUGGUGGCAUGCAAGUGCACUUUAGGGUUUCAAAAUAAAAACAGUACCAACGCAAAUGAAAAAACGCAUAAAAGUGUGACUUGCAUAAUUAGAAGCAGUGAAGAGGUUUGAAAUAAUAAGUGGAAUAUAUUUCUUUCUUUAUGACAAUAUUUUGACUGGAACACUCACUUUUGUUUGUGAUUUUUAAUCUCCUGGGUGCAAAUGCUCAUGUUUACCAUGAUGUACGGCACAACGCUUUAUUUUUCCAGCGAUGUCAUCUUUGUCUGUUUACUCUUUAUCAAACCCUGUAAUGUAUGAUCUCCUCUCAAAAUGCAAUUGUGUGAGCAUUGAAGGAGAGCUGCUGGUUUUAAUGCGCCUUAGCCAUCAGUUGGGCCAUUUGGUGUCCAAACUCAGAUAGAGUGAAAUACCUUUUUUAGCUGUGAUCCUGUACCACUCCUUUCAAUAUGUAAAUGUUGUUAAAUAUGCCUGUUGCCCUGUGUUCAGAAGAUUGGGUUUGUUGGUUGUGGUCUCUUGGCAUGCGUGUCUUACGCCUGCUACUAAGAUCAGGGACACAAUGUUGGCUUCAGUCAAUAAAAUACUGUAUUUAAUCGUU